GGGGGAGGAGAAGAGAAAGUUGCCCCUGUUCGAGGCUGGGUGCUGCUGACAUGCCACCGGGGGUAGCAGAAGGGAGGCACUCUCCUCCAGCCCUGGAGCUCCCAGCGAGAAAAAGGCUCCUCCAGCCGUCCCCAGCGUUGCUGCCACCUGAGGACCGCUGCUCCAGCCGACCCACCCCAGAAGGUGCCGGUGCCUCCUCCUGCUCCUCCUUGGGACUGGAGCGGACUGGCCAAGGAGGCUGGUGCCAGAGCUGCCAAGCCAAGGUGGUUGAGCUCCAGAGGCAAGCCCUCCAACUGGCCACUGCCAAUGCCGCCCUCGUCCCAUCGGAUCCACGAUUAUCAGCUUUAAUUUUUGACAAGCUUCAAGUGCCUGAAUAUUUACAGAAACCUAGGAGCGAAGGGGAGAGCAGGUGUGAUGUUUGUGCUGCCCACUUAAACCAGCUGAAGCAAGAAGCUGUCCAGGUCAUCCACCAGCUUGACCAGGCCAACUGCCAAGAGACGGCGGACCCUGCCCAAAGUGCUGUGGCAAUGGCUGCUGUGUUGCCAAGGCUGACGUCCCAAAAUGUGGUCACUGUGUCUUCUCACAGGGACUUGUCUCUCAUGGCUGGGCAGGUGGGGAGACAGUCUGGCAAAACCACAAACCUCUUCUCAGGGUCAGAGAGGAAGAAGGGACUUGCUUGGCCUCAAGGUACAGGUGGAUUCCCAAACUCCAGUGUUCAAGUGACUGUGGCUCCCAGUGGCCUUAGUGGGGCCUUGAGUUCAGUUACAAUCCAGGCUCAGCAGUACCUUGAAGGAAUGUGGAGCAUCUCCAGAGUGAACAGCUUUCUUCCUCAGGGUUGUCUAGAGUCAACAACUGGAGAGUGUGGAAAGGAAGGCUCUAACGUUCAAGUUACCUCAGGACAGAACACCUGUGACCAAACAGGGGUUGGCAGUUCCCAGAGUUUGGUCACCCCUGCGGGCGUCUCUGCGGGUACUUCUGCAGCAGCAUCGUUCUUCAUAAGGGCUGCACAGAAACUUAACCUGUCCUCGAAGAGAAAGAAGCACCAUGCGCCUUUGCUGCACUCUCACGACUUCUCCAUCUAUGCCACGAAUUUUAGUGGCAUCCUGCAGAUGUGUCCUCCUCCAGCACCGCCAUGCCUUUUGAGAGCUGUGUCAAAAGUCAAAGACAACCCAGGGAUUGGAAAGGUAAAAGUAAUGGUGAGAAUCUGCCCAUCAGAAGGAACACAUGACACGUCAGAAUCCAUGUCUUUUUUAAAGGUGGAUCCACGAAAAAAGCAGAUUACACUUUACGACCCAUCUACAAGUGGUCUUUCCAAUGCAGGUCACCGAAGAGGAGCUGUGGCUGUCCCAAAGAUGUUUGCCUUUGAUGCGGUAUUCCCCCAGGAUGCUUCUCAGGCUGAGGUGUGCUCUGGAACGGUAGCAGAAGUAAUCCAGUCUGUCGUGAAUGGUGCAGAUGGUUGCAUCUUUUGCUUUGGCCAUGUCAAGCUUGGCAAAUCAUAUACAAUGUUUGGAAAAGAUAGCUCCACGCAGAGCCUUGGGAUAGUUCCCUGUGCUAUUUCUUGGCUUUUCAAACUCAUCAACGAACGCAAGGAGAAGACUGGGACUCGUUUCUCGAUUCGAGUAUCUGCUGUGGAGAUCAGUGGAAAAGAUGAAAAUCUACAGGAUUUGUUAGCUGAAGUGGCCACUGGCAGUCUUCAAGAUGGGCAGUCUCCAGGAGUUUAUCUGCGAGAAGAUCCGAUAUGUGGAACGCAGCUUCAAAAUCAAAGUGAAUUAAGGGCCCCGACUGCAGAGAAAGCUGCCUUCUUCCUUGAUGCAGCGCUGGCAGCCAGGAGUACUAGCAAACCGGGGUGUGAUGAAGAGGACCGGAGGAAUUCACACAUGUUCUUUACCCUCCAUGUAUAUCAGUACCGCAUGGAGAAGAGUGGCAAAGGCGGAAUGUCUGGUGGACGCAGCCGUUUACAUCUCAUUGACCUGGGAAGCUGUGAGAAGGUGCUAAGCAAGAUUCGAGAUGGAGGGGGUUCCCUUUGCCUUUCCCUGUCAGCCUUAGGCAGUGUCAUUCUGGCCUUAAUCAAUGGUGCCAAGCAUGUCCCAUACAAAGACAACAAACUGACAAUGCUGCUGAGAGAAUCACUUGGGAACAUCAACUGUAGAACAACCAUGCUAGCUCACAUAUCGGAUUCUCCAGCAAAUUAUGCAGAAAGUCUCAUGACAAUUCAGCUUGCCUCUCGUAUCCACAGAAUGAGGAAGAAGAAAUCCAAGUAUGCAUCCAGCUCAUCGGGAGGAGAAAGCUCAUGUGAAGAGGGCCAUAUACGAAGGCCCCCUCAUUUAAGACCAUUUCAUCCAAGGACCAUGGCCCUUGACCCUGAUAUUCCUAUCCUGAAUCUUUCCAGUGAGCCUGAUUAUUCUUCAAGCAGUGAACAAUCCUGUGACACUGUCAUUUAUGUGGGUCCCAAUGGUACAGCAUUGUCAGACCGGGAGCUGACAGAUAAUGAAGGCCCUCCAGAGUUUGUGCCCAUAAUUCCUUCCCUGAACAAGAAGAAAAGCAGAGACAAUGGGGGUCUUGCAAAAAGCUCUGACAAAGACCAUUUCAAGUGCAACACUUUUGCAGAGUUGCAGGAAAGGUUAGAAUGCAUUGAUGGGAGUGAGGAACCUGUUAAGUUUUCUUGCGGGGAGGUCUCUGCUGCAUCUUCGAGCAGCACAGUCCCAUUAAGUAAAGAAAAUGGACAGUCUAAACCAAAACUAUCCUCUCCUCCUGGGGGAUUUAAAAAAGCAGCAUUGCAGGAAACUGGGUCUCCAAAAAAGGGGCACAAUCUUUAUCCCCAGCACAAUGACACUUGCCCUGAGAAGAUCACUUCCUUAAAAAUAGACUAUGUCAAACCACAAGCCAAACCUGAGGGCAAAAUAUCUGACUCGGAUGGAGAGAAGGAGACAGUUACUGAAUCCAGCCUUUUACCAACUUGUAAUGGUACUAGAGGCCAGGAGUCCAACCAAGCUGCUACUGUUGAACCAGUUGUAAAAGAAAAAUCUUCAUAUGUGAAGAGACCUUUGCCCAGCCCUGCACCUCCACCGCCACAGCAAAAAGAGUCUCCACUGAAGAGCAAUCCAACGUACAUGAAGUUUGACCACAACACAAUCAGGACUCCCCCUGUGGGAAUGAGCAAGCAAGUGACAAGUGAAUCUGGACCGAAUACUGAAGGAAACAGGUUUUCAGGAAUAAACAACACAGAGCACCAAGGGGAUGGGAUAGAGGUACAUAGGUUCCGGUCAUCUUUCCGAGGCAAAUGCUUUGAUCGGGAUAUACUGACAACGACAGUGACGUUGCAGCAGCCUGUGGAGCUUAAUGGUGAGGAUGAACUUGUCUUUACGGUGGUGGAGGAACUCUCCAUCAGUGGUAUCUUGGAUAAUGGAAGGCCUGCCAGUAUCAUCAGCUUUAACAGCGACUGCUCUCUACAGGCCCUUGCAUCUGGCUCUAGGCCAGUUAGUAUAAUCAGCAGUAUAAAUGAUGAGUUUGAUGCCUACACCUCCCAGGCAACUGCCACUGGAGUCAACAUCGACAUUGUUGUACCCUUUGCUGAAGAACCAUUCUCUAGCAGCAGCAGACGGUCCUCCAUCAGUUCAUGGCUCAGUGAAGUCAGCAUCUGUACAAUUGAAAGUGAGGGAGUGAGGGCUGCUGAUGGUUUCCUUGCACAGUCCUCUUACAGCUGUAGCAAGUCUGAGGAGCCCUUUAACUUGGGUUCUCCUAAUGCCCCCCUUCCACUGAAAAGCACUCUGAAUGACAGUGGGUUUUGCUUUUCAGAGCUGGACAGUGAGAGUGUGAAUUCAAACAAAUUGUCGAGGAUCAACAGUAGUCCUCAAAACCCUGACUUAACCAAAGCAUCUCAGAUAGAAAGUGCUCUUUGUGUCACCAACCAACCAGCAAAGGUUAGGUCUUCUAACUCUCAAAACACAUCAGUGGUAGAAACAAUACACUCCAGUCUUCCCCGGAGAACAAAAACUACCUCAUCCUCAACCCAAAACAAUAGCACCCUCAGUUACAAGGAACUGCAGAAGUCACGUGCAAUGUUUGAAGAUCCCUGGUUGGUUCGUACAGAUGAUCAUUUAGAAGCAAAUGUUGCAGACCCGUUGUUAUCUCCAAAUACUCACAUGUCCAAUACUGAGAAACAAUCAGUGAAAUCCACCCAACAAUUUGGUGGCUUGGCUACGCCAACAAAAUCCCAAACAAUGCUUGCAUGUUCACAGAGGGUGGUUGAUGGGUGUGAAAUGGCCUCCAAAGUUUCCAAUGGAAUGGUUAAAAAACCUGAAGCUGUCACAAAAAUGCCACAACUCAGAAGAGGAGCCACCACACUUGGUGUGGUUCCUGUGUCUCAUAACAGCAGUGGAGGAACAGACAGUAUAGGCAGGGGAAGUUCGGAAGCUGGUUUUGCUACUGGCAGCCUAAAAAAGAAGAAUGUACAGCAAAAAAGUAGUCUGUUGCCAAGGCCCAAUGGGAUAGUACCUCCAAUGCCCCCUGUGCGUAAAUCAAGCCUUGAGCAGAAAAAUGGGGGCAUCACCAGUGGAGGUGGGAAAGCUGCAGGACUAGAUCCAACUAGAGCCACUACAACAAAAAAUGAGGAUGAGGUUGAUUUGCGAUUGCGAACUGGAUCUUGUGCUACAGAAAAUGUUAAUAGCAGAUGCAACCUCAAAGGAGACCACUCUUUACCCAAAGCAACCUCAAGUUUAAAGUCAAAGGCAUCAAAAAGUGAAGCCAUCCACCGCUAUGGCAGCCACAUGUCCCUUGAAAGAUGUGAUAGCCUGACAUCUGUUGGAUCCAAGGCUAAUAGUAGUAGCAGUAUUAGCAAUGGCAGAAAUGGUCGGUUGGUCCCAAGGUUGGGAGUUCCUCAUGUUGCUUCUGGUCUGACAUCACCUCCAUCGUACACCACACCUUUACCCUGCAAAAACAGUCAGACAAAAAAUGUGGCAGGUCAGAAAGCUGUCACCAGUGGCAAUAAGAGCCGCAGUCUUUCUGCCAGUGGAUCAAAGUCUCUGAGCUCCUCAGUGAAAUCAUUAGCUCAGUCUGUUGGGAAGACCUCUGGUGUUCCAUUGAGUGGGAAAGCAGCCCCAAGGUCCAUGCAAGGUGUAAGUGGCAAGCCUGGUCGAGGGACUAUUAUGGGAACCAAACAGGCCAUUCGGGCAGCCAACACUCGUGUUAAUGAGCUGGCAUCGGGCAGUUCAGCCAAGAUGAGCCACUUUAGGGGCUCAACAGACUCUGAUAGUGGAAACGACAGUGGAAUUAAUCUAAGUGAUGAGAAGUCACAAGUUCUUUUGCUUCCAUCUCCAUAUAGCAAAAUAACUGCCCCAAGGAGGCCUCAGCGCUACAGCAGUGGACAUGGGAGUGACAAUAGCAGUGUUCUGAGUGGGGAGCUACCACCAGCAAUGGGUAGGACAGCUCUCUUUUACCAUAGUGGUGGCAGCAGUGGUUAUGAGAGUAUGAUCCGUGACAGUGAAGCCACUGGAAGUGCAUCCUCGGCUCAUGAUUCCAUGAGUGAGAGUGGCAUGUCCUCACCUGGUCGCAUGAGAAGUUUGAAAUCUCCCAAGAAAAGAUCAACAGGUUUCCAGCGACGUCGAUUGAUCCCAGCUCCUCUUCCUGAUUCUGCAUCCCUGGGGAGAAAGCAAAAUGUCGCUGGUCAGUGGGUUGAUCUACCACCCUUGCCAGGCACUUUGAAAGAGCCAUUUGAAAUUAAAGUUUAUGAGAUUGAUGAUGUGGAACGAUUACAGCGACACAGACAAGAGGAAAGUGAGCCUUUCCAGGAUGUUGAAAAGGGCCUGAUAUAUUUUAAUACAAAACUGAAAAUCCUGGAGAGGCGACACCAGAGGAUUAGAGAAGUGAAAGCAAAGCACGAGCUCUUGAAAGAUGAGUUGGAAGAAACAAAGUGUAGGUUGAUGUUGGAUCCAAGCAAGUGGAAAGGAGAAUUUGAGGUUGACCCUGAUCUUGAUAAGGAGUCGCAAGAUUAUCUGGAGGCACUGGAACAAGUGACUGAUGAAUUGGAGCAGUGUGUGAAUCUGUGCAAGUCACAUGUCAUGAUUGUCACCUGCUUUGAUAUUGGAGUAAUCUGUGACACCCAGGAUGCUGUACGUGAAGUGGAAGUUUGAAGGUGGUUUGCAAAAGGACUCAAGGAGGUGAUGCCCAGCUAUCAAAAGAUGAGAGGAAAAAAAUAUGUGUGUUGGAAAGCAGAGGUGGAAACAUGAAGACAUGUGAUGAAGAAUGUUGUCAAAGCCUGAAGCUGUCGAGGAAUUAGAAUGUUCUAAACCUUUGUGGUGCCUCAGCAACCUAUGAAUUGUACAAAGUUCAACCUGAGAUUUCUAAUGAAUGAAAGGAGACAAAUAAAACAAACCCUAUCAAGAACCAACUUUGUCUGAAAAGGAGAAGUGCCUUUACCGCUCAUGUGUGACUUGUUUCCUUGAUUUUGUAUUUGUUGCUAGAAUUGAAACCAGCAAACUUAAACAGACCAUAAAAUGUAUUCCUUUGAAAGUUUUUAUACUGUAUAGUGUAAUUUAUGACUAUAUGUAAAAAAAUACAAAAACAGAAAUUGUAGGAAAAGCAAUAAGUAAAUUAUGUUUUCAUACCUGAAUUUGCCUCCUUGUUUAAUGGAAAAGCUGGUUUUAUGUAGCAGAACAGAAAAAAUAAAUAAAUUGUAUUAUAAUUGCUUUUUUGUGGUUUAGGAUUUGAGAUAUUUUUAUGAACAUUUAUCUAUUGGAAAGGUGUAUUAUGAAAUUUCAAAAUGCUUAGUUUGUAUUCAGUUUUUUAUACGCUUCCUUUUUAAGAUCAUGCGGAACAUGUUUUUUUUCCAUGUUUUCUACAAAAUAUUAGGGCUGAAAUGUUUGGUCAAUUAAUCAAUUAGAUUAGUUGAUUAAAACAACUGUACAACUGCUUAAAAAGGUGCCUCCUGAUUUACUGAAUAGCAGGUUUUUAAAAUGUUGUUUAAACUUACUUUUUAAAUACAAUACUUAACAGAACCUGAUGGUGACGGACACUGUCACAGAUGAAGCAUUCCAUGUUACUUGUUACUUCUUUCUUACCUUUUCAGGAAUGCCUCUUUCAAGAUGGCAGUGGCUGCAACACGUGCAUUCAUAAUUUUAAAAUGAAAGGAGUGUGUUUUUUCCUCUUGAGAGUUGUUGUUUUUGUCUGUCUACAAAACUAUGCUGUUUUAAUCCAUUUACUUAAUUGGUUGAUUAAUUGGAUGAACAAUCUACCAUUAAUGGUGUGGUCAAGAUUUCUUCCAUCAGGUGAGGGUACUAAUAAAUGAAUCCCAUACCGUUCUCCCAUGGGCCAUGUUCCUUAUAUCCCUUACUUAUUGUAUUGGGGCAGAUAACUUUGAGUGUUAGAGUGGCAACAUUGUCUUGCUAAACCAGCUGGUGCUGUGUCCUGAUGCUGCCAUGAUCUUUGUUGCCACACUGCUAAAAUCUCACAGUGUAACAGUGGUGGCAUAGAAGCUACAAUUCAGCUUUGAAACAAGGUGCAUGCAGGAAUCUAAACUUUGUUUUGAAGUUGAAUAGUGCUUUCAGGAUCACAAUUCAUUUUGAAUAUAAGAUAUGGACUGCCUGUCUUCUUCCUUUUAAAGGUAAUAGUAUCUCCCCCCCCCAGUGCCAAAAAUUAGCAGCACAAUCUUGGGGGGCAGUGGGGACCACAAAAUUAAACCAGGGUGGGGCCACAUGUAACCCAUGGGCCAUAUGUUGUCUGCCCAUGCUUUAGAUUCUUGAAAUGGGUUACAUAUCAGUAAGCAAGUUCCAACAGAGUAACCAAGAGUAAGCAGUGAGAGCAUUGGUUACAGGAGCAACCUAUACAACAGGGAUGGAAACUCUAUCGCCCAGAGGUUUCAUGUAGCCUUGUGAGAGGUCUUGCCAGACCUCCCCAGACCUUAAUAUUUUGUGAUACCCUUUUCAGCUGUGGGAGAAAAACACACUUUGUUUUUACAAAUAAUAGUGUCCAGGAGCUUAAUUCCAUAAAUGAAGUCUGGCCUCACCUCACUCAAAAGCAAGAAAAACAGUCAAACAAAAGUGACUCCUGGUUACCAAUGAGCACAUUCUUGUGGCCUGCUGGGAUUCUGGAGGAGCCAAAAAUGGUUCUCCAACCCUCAGUGCAUCCUCACUUCAACUGUACAUUAUAAUGCACAAAAGUGUCUGCAUGAAGCUGCUUUGAGAAUGAUUUCCAGAACAGGAGCAUUGAUGGGGAGUGUGCUUUAGCAUUACCCUACUUGCUGUUUUUCCAUGGCAGUUCACUCUCCAGUUGCUCUGGAGGUGUGUGUUUAACAUAAUAAACACAUCUUUUAGGCUGUUGUAGGAUACAGCAGGUGGGUGCAGAUUAAGCAUGACCCUGACACUUCCUGUGCUGAAAAUUGCUUCCAGUAGCCUUGACUAAAAGAAACAAGUGUUAGGACUUUUAUACACAUUUUUGAUAAUUUUGAUAACUGACCUCAUUUAUCACUGGCUUUUCUAGAAUUCCUUAACCCAGGAGCAUUAAAUACCCUAACACAAAAUGUCCAGCUUCCUGUUAGUGACAUAUGCAAUUCCACAAUAUACUUGUGUAUGUACCUUAUUGGCCGUUGAGUAUUCCCUUCCUCUUUCUGCAAUGCCCAAAGCUCCCCUUGAUUUACCAUGUCAUUCCUAUGGUCACCCCUCUCCAAUGCUUUUGUAUUUGGAGAGCUGAGGGGAUUAGAGAAGCAUCUGGCUGUGUUCACAUAUCCAGAUGCAGUCUGAUGGCAUCAUCUACCGAGAUCUCCAGAGGAUCCUGGCAGAUUUAGCAGAAGAUGUGCUCAGUCUGUGUUUGGUUAUGGACACAUAGCCAGACACCUCUCCAAUCCCACUUCUUCUGCUCUCCAUCAUCUGUGGAAUGGCUGUUGGUAUGGUGCUAUUGAAGUGAUAUGAUGAGUCCUGUGAGGUUUUUUCUCCUUGAAACUGGCUUGCAAAUUAUGACCACUCUUGUUGCAAGGCCUGAUAGCCUGGGGGCAAAGACCUUGAGCUGGGCAUAACACACAGGACUUGACGUUGCCGGCCCCUGCCUUAAGCUAACUCAAAGAAGUCUGUAAACAACACUGUGGUUUUGUUUCAUUUUUCUUUUUCUUCUGAAUGCAAGAAUUAAGAACAAGGGUUUGGAUCCAGACUUUUAAAGGAAUAGAAUGGAAACUUCAGGCAGUUCCAGUUGUCAAUCUCCCCCGGUCUCUGGGACUUUCUGUGGGCUGCGUGGACUUCCUUAAAUGAAACCAGUCAGCAGUCCACUUCUGAUUUUGAAAAACUGAAAUUUUGGGAUGUGAAACAAUCCAAAGGUAUGGUAUGACCUAUGGGAAGGUUGCAUCCCUGCUCUUGGAGACCUCCAGGAAAGAUAAUUCAUCUUUCUUUUGCCAUAAAAGGAGUAAAUCCAAGGUAGCCCAAAUGCUGCAAGACAGCUUUGGAGAAUUGGAUGCAUUCCUGGGGCCAUACUUUACUCACAACUGACUUUUAAGUCCUACUUAGGAGUGUGUGUCUGCCUUCAAUUUGCCAGUCAACUUAUGGUGACCCCAUAAAUUUAAUGGACCUACAGUACUUAAAUCAUUUAAGUUGAUCGUGAUGAACAAAUCCAUCUGCUCCAUUACUAAGUCUUGAUCCAACCUAAUGUUCACUACCAAAAUUACAGGGAAGUGGGAGAAAAAGUUUUCCGGUUUUUUUGGUUGUUUUGGGUAACUAUUAAGUUACAUCCAUAUUUUUGUAUUGUUUUGACAAGAAAUAUAGCAUUUGCAUUUUUAUGAACUUUGAAAGACAAAUAUAUCUUUUUACAGUUUUUCUAAGGAAGGCAAACUCUCAGGAUUGUUUCUAGACAUGCUGCAUGAAUCUCGUGCUUUCUCGCCCUCCCCCUUCUUUUUUAAAGGAAACCACUUUUCAGGUGGAGACUAUUGAUACAUUGUUGCCAAACAAAAUGACUUUUGAAAACAUUUGAUAGUGUAUGUAAUAAGUGCAUUUCAUACGGAAUCAUAUUUUCUGAUCAUUUUGCUUUGUAUGGGGUUGUGUCCCCCUCCCCUGAAAUCCUUUGUAUAAAUUGUAUACUAUAAUGGUUUGCUUCAGCUUUUCCUGUGAAUAAAAAGAUACAUCUAUUGUUAA